AUGCAAUGUGAUGAGUCGUCGUUGCUAGAAGAAUUUAGGUAUCCAAUUCUUGUUAUAGGUGAAACUAGUGCUGGAAAAUCCUCCUUUCUAAACUAUCUACUUGGCAUUGACAUAUUAUCAGUUCAUACGUUAAGUUGUACUAACAAAAUAUGUGAGUUAACGUAUGGCAAGGAACCUCAAAUUAAAAUUAUAGAUACCUCGGAUGGUAGACUUAUCAAAUCCAAAAUUUGGACAUCAGAAAAUGAGCAAACUGCUAUUCAAGAAAUUCGAUCGAUAAUUACAGAAGCAGGCCUCAUUAAAGACUCCGGUACGGAUAAUCGAAUUCAAGUUAAUGAGAUUAGCAUCAAUUUGUUAAUUAGAAUAUAUUGGCCAUCUGAAAUUUUGAAGGGUGGUCUACAAAUUGUUGAUAGUCCAGGAUUUGGUGAGCAAGUAGAACUGCCACACGUUCUGAAAAACUAUAUCUAUAAAGCUGUUAGUUACAUCUUUGUUAUCAAUUCUGCCAAUGCUGGAGGAAUUCAGGAGGAGAGGAAAGCUAAGACUGCCAACUAUAAUGGAAUAUUGCCACAAGAAGCUGUGCAGCUAUUUAAACUGCUUUAUAAUUUGAUUCCAAUUAGUCAUAAACAAAAACUAUCCAGAUUAUACAGCUUCAUCGUUGCUUUCGUUGAAGAAGUAAAAGAAACUUGUCGAUACUAUCUGGAGCUCAUGGAAAGCGAGUUAAAGGAAAACCAAAUAAAAUUACAACGGUUAGCGAAAACAACGCAAUUAUGCAUCACAGAAUUGUCUGUGGAAAAGAAUAAAAUAAUCGACAGAAUUGUUGAUAAAUAUGUGAAACACAUUAAAAGUGCUGAUAUUGAAGGUUUAACCACUUGGUCAGAGGAUGAUUUCUCAAAUGAAGAAUUUGAUGAAGAUAAUUUGAAGAAACUACAAGAGUGUGCUGCUACUAAAAUUCAGGAACGAUUAAAUAUUUAUUUGCAACCUGCUGUUCAACAAAUACAGAAAGAUCUCUAUAUCGAAAAGGAUUCGUUAUUAGAAAAGCUCACUACUAGACUAAACAAAAUCAAUGAUCAGGUUCAGCUCAGAUUAGUUGAACAGUCUGGAAAGGAAAAUAAAUUGCAAACGAUUCAUUUCGACUCAGAUUCAAGAAUUGGAUAUUCAAAUUUCUCAGAAUUGUACGGGUUCUAUGAUGUAUGGGCUGAUAUGAAUGCUGCCAAAAAAGUUACAUUGGUUCUCACUAGUCCAGUGUGGAUGGCUCCUGUAUUUAUAGCCAGAUCGAUAUACCUUAUUGCGAUGCUAAUAAAAAGUCAAAAUCAUCAAGAAGAGAUUCAGGAAUUUAAACAAAAUAAAGCUAGAAAAAUGAAAGAGUAUACAUUCAUAGUUCUUGAACAUAUUAGUUCAGAAAAUUUUGCUAGAAAAUUUAUUGUUGAUACCUUUGAUUCAUUAGUAAAUUCACUAUUGAUUAGCGUUAAAAAGAAUAUAUUAGAAUCAUGCCAGUGUAGAGAGGAGGCUAUUAAGAAAGUUUUAAAAGAUAAGCGACCAGCUAAAGAACGCAGUAGACUCUAUCGGCCAAUUAAAAGACAAGCUGAAAAUUUAUUAGCAAAAUUAAAGAACUUUUAUUUGCAACACUUAAGUGAAUCAUCGAUUAAAUUCGAAAAUCUUCAUGGAUUUUGCGAAGAAUCCGUUCCAUUAUCCUUUGGAUUAAAAGUAAAUUUAUACCGGGCGAAAUUUCAAAGAAAUGGUCAAUUGACUCCUGCUAUAAUCCAAGUUCCUGUUGAUAAAUCCGCGCACUCAAUGCAUGAUUUUAUCAGCGAUUGCCAAAUUAUUAAAUCACAAGAAUCGCAAUAUUUCGCCAAAUUUCUUGGUAUUUACUAUACUCCAUCGCCCACAAUAACGCCUAUUGGAAUUUUUAAAAAUUCAAUUUUAACCCUUCAAGACUUAAUCCUAAACGAUCAAACGAUUGUCAGUGACACAGAUAAAGAUUUGACUAGAUUAAAGAAGAUUUAUUUUAUGAUUAUUUUCCGAGAAGAUCAACUCGAAUUAAAACUGUGUCAUGCAACGACAGAAUCUACACUCUAUCAAUGCAAUAAUUUCGAAAAAUCAACAAUUCACUAUUAUUUGGCUCCUGAAGUCUUAAAAUAUAAUAGUUAUGAAGAAGCUUUAGAUAUUUACAGCUUAGCCAUCUUAUUUUGGGAGAUUUGGUAUUGGAAAUUAAUCGCUAAUGCGUUCAACUGGAAUAUUGGUACUGAUCACGAUCAAAAGAUAAAAGAUUUAUUUGCAACAAAUGAACUUGUUCCUAAGCUUCAUGAAGAUAUGAGCAAUAUAUGUGCCGAUUCCCUAGCUAUUGAUCCAGAAAGGAGACCGGAUAUUAAAUCUUGGCACCAUAAGCUAGAGGAGGCGUUAAAGUCUCAUUGA